ACCGAAUGUCUUGCUUGUAUUUUCAGAACGUGGUACUUUGGGUGUGAGUACUGAGUACCUCCCGCAGCAAUUGACAGCAGUGUGCGGCGCAUGUGCUGGCUGUGCCUUUUUCCCUCACCGCCCCAGCACCAUCAACAACCUCCCUUCUUCACCCAGCAGCCACCAUGAGUGACAAGGCCCGCCCCACGGUGCCCGCCAUGCACCUCAAGAAGAAGGCACGCAACCAGAGGAUUGCCAAGACUCUGCGCGCGAAGAAGGCUGCGGAGACAAAGAGGCGCCUGAAGAACCGCCGCGAGAUCAUCAAGCGUGCUGCCAAGUACGAGAAGGAGUACGAGCACAACGAGCGCACCGCCAUGCGUCUCAACCGCAUCGCCAAGAAGACCGGUACCUUCUACAUUCCUGAGGAGCCCAAGCUUCUCUUCGUCAUCCGCAUCCGCGGUAUCAACGGCGUGUCCCCUAAGGUGCGCAAGAUCCUCCAGCUCUUCCGCCUGCUGCAGAUCAACAACGGUGUCUUCCUCCGCGUGAACAAGCCCAUCCUCAACAUGCUUCAGAAGGUCCAGCACUACGUCGCAUACGGUUACCCCAACCUCAAGACUGUGCGCGAGCUCAUCCUGAAGCGCGGUUACGCCAAGAUCAACGGCCAGCGCAUCCCCAUCUCCAGCAACGACGUGAUUGAGCAGAAGCUGCGCAAGUGCGGCAUCAUGUGCGUCGAGGACCUCGUCCACGAGAUCUUCACUGUGGGCCCCAACUUCAAGAAGGCCAACAACUUCCUCUGGCCAUUCAAGCUCAACACCCCCAACGGUGGCUGGGUGAAGAAGGGCAACCACUACGUUGAGGGUGGCGACUAUGGUAACCGCGAGGACGCUAUCAACAAGCUUGUGCGCCGCAUGAACUGAGCUGUCUCAGGCCUGUCGGUGUCGGUGCUGUGUUGUCGUUGUGUCCUGGCUCGUUGGUUCAUUCUCAGGUCCUUGGGUCUGUCAUGCCUCUGAACGGUCAUCAAAAUCCAAGAAACUGUAAACGCAGACAACGGUUGAA